AUGCCUAACGGCAGCAAGAACAACUCUGCUGCAGGCCCAGAUGUUGUGUCCAAGAGACUUUUAUCUCCAUGGAAGACUCAGCCGUUGUCGCAUGUUGGAGAUGCCCGAAAGUGCAUAUCACCCGCUAAGAACGUUGAAAAGAUGUUCCCAUACUUCAGCGAUCUUCGCAGGAAGGAAGAGAUGGAAGUGUUUUCCCGUCAGCCAUCCUAUGCAUCCACCACCCUUACCUCCAGCAGCUUGCGAGAGGACUCUGUCAAAUGGCGGGUGGGGACGGCGGCUCUGAAAGCAGAGCAGCUGUACCUUGAGGCCUCGAGUUUAAACGUUGGACAGAGAGGAUUUCACGAUUUCAGAGACUUGCAGCUCAAUUGGAGCACCGAGCUACCGAUCUAUGUCAACAAGCCGAUCUCUGCCUUGGUCGCAAAAGUCACCUUGUUCAUCAGGGAUACGCUCACUCAUCGAUGCAAACGUGGAGCAAACGCUGCCACGAGCUCGGACUCGACUCUUCAAGAUUCAGAGAUGAACAACGAAGAUCUGCAGAUGCUUGCUUCUUUCAAGGAGCUCCUCAACAAAAAUGAUAAGAGACGCGGGGAGAUGCUGAAUUCUAGCGCAAGUGGGCAAGUGAAUCAGGACUCGGAAGAUUCGCAAAAGAUGCGAAAUGGCCCAAUGGAGCUAGAUCAAACUGCGAAUUCUACCAGUGGUAGAUCGGACGAUGCGAGUGAGUUGUAUCAGACGAGAAGAUCUGUACGGUCUUCAGUGUCGCAAGCCCUUUCCAACUCAACGGUUGUCACCACUUCAGAGAUGGACAAGGAGCUUGUAGAACAUCUCAGAAAAUCACCGAAGUCUCCUUUUCUUCCAAGCUCCAUGUACCUUGUCAUUGUCAAGGUGAGAUGCGUGGGUAAUGAGUUGAUAGGUUGGAUUUGGUGGGCUCAGCAUGCUGAGACAGCACGUCUUGAGUUAUCUAGGGGGCGCGUGAACGCCAAUACUAUCCUGACGGUAGAAAUCGAGUUUUGUACACAUGGAUACAACGGAACUUCGGGGAAGAGUCCCUUGGAUAAUCCAUACUACAAGCUAUACAUGACAAUCUGUGAUGCCAUAGAAGCGCUUCUGUAUCCGCAUUGGAACCUCUGUUUCAUCAUCAAGGACGGCAAGCCUCGGGUUGGAGCCAUGGAGGUUGUCGAGUAUCAAGGAGGCUUUUACCUGAUCCGUCUCCUGUGGCUUGUGGGGAGUGUAGAGUUCUGCACCACCCUUCACUCCCGCCUGUGUUCCCGGGACUUUCCCGUGCCGAGCAAGAUUGCCGAGCGUCUAGAAUGCGCACUAGAGGGACCGCGGGACGAGGAGGCUGUCGAGUACAGCACUGGGCUAUCCAACAACUCCACCCCGAAAGUGAACUCGCCCACUUCGUGGAUCAAGAAAGAUCACAAGACCGGGAAGAAUGCAGAUAUCGCUGAAUAUGCGUCUCCUGAGCCCCAGAUAGACCUUGGGCAGUUGUUUGCGGCGCGGGAAUCUUUAAAGAACGACUGUAUGGAAUGUGAUAGUAUCAGAGCUUUCCGAGGGUUUAAACUGAAACAGAUAGCCUGCGAGCCCCAGUCAGGCUCCGCUACCCUCGCCGUCCAUCCGGUCAGGCUGACUCGAUAUAAAAUUCUUGACAAAUUGGUGACGCUUCGACCAUGGUGGCAACGCGUGAAUGCAGUGCAAGGGGACGAGGAGAUUGAAGAGGAAGAGCAGUGUGAAGCCAUGGAGACGCGGCACAAGUUCCUCUCUCUGCUUGUAAUCUCGUCCUUGUGGGAGGUCGGCCUUUCUCAGGAAGUUGAUCCCUCCUACGUGGUCUGCCCUUUAUCUAACUUCCCCCCGAGCUCCGCAGCGUGUCAGGGUUAUGUACCGGGUUCCUGUCCUCCCAAUGUAUCGUGGUGCCAUGGGGAAGGUGUCGAAAUAGUCGUCCUUGAGCCGCAGUCUUUGCUCUAUGACACGUCAGACUCGCUCCAAGCCACGAUCACGUUGAGACGGUCUGAAUCGUUUCAGCAGAAACUAGACAUCAUGUUCACUAUUGAGGGGCUGGAGGAGUCCCUCCAGUACCUCAAGCUCGACCAGGCGAGGGUUCAGAGGCUUCCUGUCUUCCCUGGCUUCAGCGCAAAUUUUCUGCCAGAUCUCAAGUAUUGGAACGGAAAGGUGAACUGGGAGGUCUGGGACGGGAUGGAUAGAAGGAUUUCUAUACCUUUCUCAAGGGUUAUGAACAACGUUACACAACUUCUGUACAAUAAGAUCACUGUCAACCUCAAAUUCUCAUACUCCCCUCAUCCAUUUUACCGGCAUUCCUUUUAUGUGUUGGACCCGGAUGCAUCUCCUGGGAGAGUUCAGUUCCAGCUGAAUGAAACCUCCGUACGAGUCGGUCAGAAAUGUUUGAACGUCAAGGUAUCUCGUGUUCAAGGCACAGCUGGCGACCUUGUACUGAUAGUGGGCGUGUUCGCUGGAUCUCCCUCAAGCACAGAUGUUCCAUGUCAGGGAGUGUCGGCCACACAUGAGCUCUCGUGGAAAGAUGGAGAAGGGCAAGAACAAGUCAUCAAUGUAAAGUUGCAGGAGUCGUACUUCUUGAAGACGUCCUUAGCUAUCAGGCUAUGCAGUGGUACUCUUGGUGGAUUACCUGCGCCUUUCCUCAUAGACAAUGGAAAGUCUACCCUGUGGGUUGAUAUAGUCAACUCCUCCAAUACGACCUAUCUGACGAUUAGUCCACAAAUCGAACAUGCCUCAGGAUAUUUUCAAAUCUCAGUUACAAGAAUGUUUGGAGUGGAUGGCCAGAUUCAAGCGAAAUAUUUUUUCCUGAGCGCGACCUAUCAGAAUGGGGUACACUUUCAGGGAACAGAUGGAAUUUUGCACUGGGACAUGUAUGGACCCAGCACCAACCUGGUGACUUUCAGGCUGCUAAAUCAGAACGAAACUGUGGCGAAAGUGGAACUCCAUGACUCAAAACCAAGUUUUAUCCCCGAGAGAUCUUUUCUAGUUCACGUUGGUUUCGUGUUGGGGGCUCAGAUUGUCGGUGGGUCAUGGGUCCUCAUAAGCACUUUUGAAUCCGUGAUGCCCCUGUACUUCAAGGACGAUGUGGUCUCGUACAAUCUCAACAGGUUGCAAGAUCAAUUCUACCUUGUAGUCAUGCGCAAUACAUCAGAUAUGGCUGUAGAAGCUACUUUCUCUACUCUCUGCUGCGUCGACGGACUAACGGCAGUUCCUGACCGUCACUUCGUUCCUAGCAGUGGGAAACUGACCUGGAACGCCAGCGAUGGCUCUGACAGACUGAUUCCCCUCCAAAUGAUCCCGGCGAACGAGACUCAAGUAAGGGAUUUGACCUUCGCCGUCGUCCUACAAUGGAUUGACCCGGAGGGUCGCACGCAUCUCAAAUACGCGAACGUGACCUUGUACACAGGGACUGCCGUUGUCGGGUUGAUGCCUACGAACCUGUACGUCCUGCAGUCGCGGGAGCAACUCGAUCUUGAGUUCUGGUUGAGAGGAUCGUUCACAAGGUUGAUCAAUGUGAGCUUUGUGGUACAAUCAGAAGUUGUUGAGGUCGUCGGAUCCAGCGAUCGAUACGUCACCGUUGGUUCCACUGAGAACAUUUCUUCGGGGCAGAUUACACAUUCAGUCCGAUUGCAAUUCAAGAAUGAUGGAAUAUAUCGUCUUGACAAGAGCACGUCGUAUAUUGCAGUCUCUAUAUCUUCUGCUGGCGGUCAGAUCCAAAAUGCCUACAGGGUCCUCAACUUCACUAUCAUCAACGACAAUGCUAUCUCAGGACAUGCUGUGUUCUCGUCUUCAACCUACGAUGUCCUCUAUUCCACGAGCAAUUUCCACAAUGUCACGCUCAGGGUGGAGCGAAUCAACGGGUUUCAGGGACCUCUUUCUGUAGCCUACGGGUUCCUCGGGGACACAGCGGAGGAGCCUCAGGACUUCCUGGCUGCCUCAGGAGUUUUGAAGUGGAGCGGACAGGACAACAGCAGUCGAACUGUCAAUGUCAUCAUCCCUGACAGCGUUUCUUUCCCCCCUAAUCUUCAGUUCCUGCGGUUCACUGCGUUCCUCGCAAACGUCAGGGACGGAGUUCCUGCAGUGAAGGAUGCCGCCACGAGCUCCGCGGUCGUGAGGAUCUUUCGAUCGGCAACUUCAGGGAACGGAAUCCUCGAGUUCGAUCGGCUGUCGUACAGGUUCGAUGAGACGGAGCCAGGGGGCAUCGCAGUGCAAGUGAACAGAGUGGGAGGUGCAAUGGGCGCUGCCAGCGUUGAAGUUUCGAUUGUGCUGAUGGACUACGAGACAAGAAUGUCAUGUUCCUCAAACUACACCUUCCUCCAGACCUUGUCCUGGGAUGCUGGAGACGAAGCGAGCAAGUAUGUGAUGGUGAACCAGUCCAUGUACUUUAACGUGACUUCCUGCUCCUCUCCUACCUCUGCCCUCUUCUGGAUUCAACUGAAGAUGCAGAAUGCAAAAGGAGGAUACGCGAACCCGGAAAAAAGCGCCUCCGACAUUCUCAUCGUGAAGUCGCUGGGGCGAGGAGGCCUCUUCUCUCUCUUCCUCCCGGUGGCCUUCCAAGGUGUUGUGCCUGAUGACGUCAGCAAGAUCUUCUUCUACGUCAACCGGAGCGCUGGCAGUGGACCAUCAUCAGUGUGGGUUCGGACGCGAAUGUCCUCUGCUCAGGUGGCCAAUACCACAAUGAUGCUGACGUGGGGAGCGGAGGAUCUGAGCGCGAAGAGAGUCGAGCUUGAGGUUCUCAGCUCGACGACCUACACCAGCCUGCUGAACGAGCUGACAAUCAGCAUCUACAACGCAACGGGGGAGAUGAUGGUAGACCCCGACGUGGCUUCGGUUCGGGUUGUCUUCAAGGAGACGGUUGCGAGGCAGGGCAAGAUCGUGUUCCGUGACUCGCUCCUGUGGGUAGACGAGGACGUGCGACAGGUCACCUUGACUUUGUCCCGGAUCUCCGGCGCAGAUUCAAAUCUUGCUGUGCGGUUUCGGAUAUACAUGCCAAAGCAGGAGAUCUCCCGCGACAUCUCGAUGUUUGGCACAAUCCAAGGCUCCAAUGCCAGCCUCACCUGCAACUCCAGCUAUCUUGGUACCUCGUGCCAGAAGCAGGACUGCGUCACUUACGUGCCCACCAGCUACAGCAACGCAGCAGCAGCAGGGGCUGUCGACGAAGUGUACGGCGAGCUGAGGUGGAGUGAAGCAGAGUCAACGGACAAGCACAUCAGCUUCAGAGUGCAUGAGACUUCCUGGCAGUCUUCCUAUUCCCACCUUGCCUUCGGGGUCGAGCUGUUCGACGUGAGAUCCUUCGAUGCUAGACUGAACCUGGUUGAUCCCCUGUGGGAGCCCCAGCUGAUGACAGGCUGUGUGGGAGGGGGAAACUGCACGUCAGCUGUUGUGAUGAUCGAGCGAGUGAGUGGAGGCGGGCAGGCGAGAAUCUUCAGCAGCUCGUACUUCGUGCAGGAGACAAAUGGAGAGCAGAAGAUUUUCUAUACCGUUCAGAGGAUCGGGGGAGCCAAUGGAGAGCUAAGUGUGACAGUUAGCACGUCAGGCUGCUCGUUUGAGUAUGAUACAGUCGCUGCGAUCGAGGGAACAGACUACUUGCCUUUACAUGCUGAGGUGCGAUGGACAGACCAGGACAAGUCAGACAAGGUCGUUGAGGUCACAGUCAACGGAGACAACAGCUACAUUCAUGGACGAUUGAAAAGAUGUAUGAAAGUAGCACUUGACGCUUCAAACAGGUCCACCAUCGACGAGAAAAAUUCUUACACCAUUACAGUUGUUGUUGACGAUGACAUCAGAAACAGGGGCCAAGUUUCAUUCUCAGCUGAGGGUGUUUACCCCUCCAACUAUCCCUUGAUCUACUUCGGACCGGCGUACCAGUACUCCAGCACCCGCCAUGUCUGCUGUAGCACCGGGAAAGGGCAGCAGCGUCUCGACACUCUUAAUCUCUCUCAUGACGCUGUUCCCUCCAGCUGUCAGCUCGCCCUUUUCUCAGCUCACAACUGCUCCCUGCAGGUUUCUCCUGACUGUUCCGAGAGUUUCUCAGCUGACUUCCUUGCGAUCGACUACGUCAAUGAUGAUCUCUGGUUGGCCUGGAAUCAAUCUGUUGGAUUUUUCAACGUCCUAGAGCACGAGAUUCUCUUCUCCCCACGCCCUUAUGUAGCUUCCAAGAUGCAGGAUUAUGUGGCCUUUGAUUUGAUUUCAAAUGCAAGCGUUCUCCCCGGGAAAUCAAUAUCACUGUAUGUUGCAAAGGGCGAUUUCUACGUGGAUGUCAAGAUUAUCUCAUGGAGUGACAAUCUCCCGUCCUACUCACGUACAGCUCCCUUCACCAUCGCUUCUGCUCAGAUCAUUUACAAGGAUCAUCUCAACAUUACUGUUCCUUCAAGUCAAGUAUUUGACAAGAUCUCUACAGCCUCCUGGUUAGCAUGGAAUGCCUCCGACUGCUCACUGUACAACGCUGCCUACCAGUCGUCAACUGGUUCUGGUUGCUUCGACGAUCUGUUUCUGUCACUGGACGACGCAGAAUCUUCAAGGAAGGAGGACUAUUCUCCCUUGUGCUCCAGCACCUCGGUGCAGCUCCUGCAUGAGGCCAAGGUCAUUUCGCUUUGGGACAAGACCAGCGAUCGGUUUUUCAAUGUAUUCAUCGUCGCUGAUGGACCAAGUCCCUGUACCAACUUUCAGUACCACAGGUGGGAAGUUACGGCAAAGGCCUCCAACUUCAUCCUUGUCAGCCAGGAAAGAUACCUCUUUGCUCCUGAUUCGCCGCAAGCCUUUUCUGUUCCUGUUGACCGACUGGCGGGCUCGGAGACUCCUCUCAUCGUGGACUAUGAGAUAGACAUGAGCCCGGGACUGAGGGACCUAUAUGCUGGGCAGACAGCUGGGAGAAUCAUGUGGUUUGACGGUGACAACUCAAGAAGGUUCAUCCCGUUGCUGUUCAAGGAGAUGUGUGGAGAAUCGUUUGAAGCGAACUUUACGAUCCACCUGCACGAUAUCUCCACCUCCUCGUACUGUGACAAUCUGUUGAAUUUCUCGGUGGGAAAUCCCUACGUGUCGACAGACGAGGCUGUGUUGACUCCCUCCAUGUUUGUCAAGGUGUCGAAGAAUGUUGGGGAAGGUCUGUUUCAGGCAUUUGGAGACUCAAAGUUGUCCGAGAGCGACGGCGUCGGAUCCUUGUCGUUCAAGAAGCUCGUGCGCAGCUCAUCAGAGCUCACUGUCGGGUAUGAGAUAGUUGGCAGUGACGUGUACGGAUCCGACACCCCGUUGGCGUCGAACAACAUCACCAUUCCUGCCUUCGAUGACCCUAGGACCCUCAUCUCCAUCUUCACUGCCUCUGACGUCAUGCCGACGCAAGUUCAAGAUGUUUCUGUGAAGCUGCGGGAGGUCGCCAGGGUCACGAUGCUCCGACAAUCCGUUCUUGCUGGUUCUCCUUUCCGCUUCACCCUGCAGACCAGCUCCUCCUCCGUUACCAUCGGGGGCUCGACCAUGGUGCAAAUCACAAUCACGCAGGAUUCCUUCGAGUACCUCCGAUCGCAAGUUGAUGUCUUGUCAACACUUGAGAUUGCCGAUGUCACCAGCAACGUCUUGCUUGACAGGCUGACCUUCUCGUGGGGUUCCAUGCGGUCAAAGGCCGUUGAGUUUGACGCAGCGCUACACCCAUGGACCUCGAGCAUUAACACAGUCCAGCUGAACUUCUCAGCUCAUCUCUUUCCUCGCUCGUUUCACCAGCUGCCUUCUUGCUCCCCCAGCUCUUCGGUGGUCGUGGAGAAGUUCACUGUGGUGGACUGUUCAGCAGGACUGGGCUACGUGCGGCUGAGGCAGGAAGACCUUGUCAUCUACGCGCCUGAGGAUGAGACUUUCAUCUCAGUCGGCGUUGAGCUCCAUCGAUGCAAAGUGGGUGACGUGGCAGUCUUCUGGUCAACGCUGGACGACUCUGCGAUCGGAGGGGUCAACUUCUUCACAACUUCAGGGAUGAUUGUUUGGAAGGACAACAGCGAGAAUGUCCAGAUGGUGAACAUCAAACUGCCGGGCGUAUCGCUUGACCUCAACAUGGUCAAAAGGUUCAUGAUCAAACUCCACUACACGAACGACGGAGCCUCCAUCGAUCCUCUUGCUGACGAGGGCGAACUCUUCAUCCGCUCGACACAUUAUGCUCCCACCUUCAUCGUCCGCUCAAUCACGCACAGCAAUCACAUAGCUGGCAGUCGAAACAUCCUCACUGUCACUCUCAGGCCCAACUUCGAACUGCAAAAUGCCUUGAACCUGACAGUCUCCGGCCUUGUUUCAUCUCUCACUCCCGACGGGGACGUCGUUGUCUCAGACUCUUCACCAUGGUUCUCUUACACCUCCUUGUGGUGGUCACAGUCUCAGGGAAAUCUUGUGUUCCAGCUCACGUCCCCGUCCUCCCUGCCCAUCGAUGAGGACACUGUCUUCUCCUUCACUCUGACCAACGGGCUAGAGGCCUCGGAAGGAGUGAUCCCUUGGGUGUCUGCCGAGUUUCAGAAUGCUGACGUCACAAACCUGAUGUUGGUUCCUCAAGGGAGAGUGCUCAAGGUCGUUCAGAACUCCCUCUUCCUCUCUUUCAGUUCUUCUCUGUGCAAGCAGAGUGCCUGCCCUGUAUCGACCGUUUGCGGAGCUUCAAACUACGUCUCUAUCACUGUCUCCCCCAACCUUUACCCUCUCCAAGACUUCUUCCUGUCCAUCGUUAUCCCUACUCUGUCUCAUGAUGAUUGGUUCCUCUACGCGCCUGCUUCUGUCAAGAUCGGCAACACACAGGCCUUUGAGGUGUCUGGCUCGUGGGAUCCGUACAAGAAGGAGAUUCAAGUCGGGCCCUUCUCAGCUCUCCAGCUGGGGGAGGAGCUCGUCGUCGGCUUUGAGGCGAAGAAUCAUAUCCCCUCCAUGCUCGAGUCUUCCCUUGUUCAAGUCCGGGCGUUUCAGACUGAGAAUGUGACGAUGGCAGGUCCAGCUGAGAUCCAGGCGAACCUCUUCACGUGCGACUCGACAGGCGGGAUCGGAAAUGUCCUAGUGCAUUGGGAAACCUCCUUAUGUCGCCGAGUGAACAAGUUUACUAUGAGCAUCGCGCUGAACUCUCCAAUCGGAGAUGACAAGAGCAUUUUCUCAAUCAUUCUGUCUGGACUUGGAGGUUUUCAUAGCUUGACCAGCAACAACAUAGUAGUGGUGCGAUCACAGGACAAUCGAACCUCUUGGAAUGGUGUCUGGAACGACGACGGUAUCCUUAUGAUCUUCCCAGAGCCGUCAGGGGAUGCUUUUUUCAUCUCAGACCCUGUCGUCGUGCUAGAGUUUGACGUCAGAAAUCCCGAUAGGAUCCAGCCAGCCAACCAGAUUGAUGUGAGGAUUACCGGGGUUACCAGAGGAUUUGGUGACGUCAUCAUUCCUGAAGUUGCAGUUUUCAACUCGCACGACCUCCCCCAGCUCCUUCGCUCGGAGGUUGCAAUGGAGGUCAGAGAGCCGUUCGGGUUCAACGAGCUGAAAUUGGCCAUACAAUCGAACGUCGAUCUGCAGCCCGGAGAUCAACUGCUACUUGUCUUGCCAGGCUUUCUGGGGCUCGACGCGUCGACCAGUACUUCUGAGUUUUUGGUUGAAUGGAAUGAGGUCGGAAGAAUUCUGAAGGUACAAGUCUCGACUUGCCUUCUCCCUGAUCAGACACACACUUUCAACCUGUCGGCCUACAUUGUUCUCACUCCUCCGUAUCAUCUUUCUGCAAACUUUCCGUCGCUGGAAACAUAUCUUGUCAAAGACAGCGUCACUUAUGGACCCUUUGCAACUCACCACAACUCUAUCGCAUGCAGCGCAAUGGCAUGCUCCGGUCUUCCCGCAUUAACGGAUGUGGUCGUUUCCUCCUGCUCUCCGUUGGCAAGCAUACAGUUCAACUUAUUCGUCCACGUUCCCGAAGCUCUCCAGCGCCUCUCUUUUGCUAUACAUGACUUCCAGCUCCUUGAUCUUGCUCCUAACGUCACUGUCUGCGGACCAAACAGCAGUGUGUUCGACGAAGAGGCGUUCUGGUCGAAUGAUAUGAAAGUCUUGACGUUACAGUCAAAGGCGCAAAGCAACAUUCCAGCUGGAAUGAUGGAGUUAAACUUCAUCGUCACCAAUGGUCCCAGCUCCAUCCCAGCUCAGAACCUCUCCAUGUUAAUCACGGCUGAGCUGGCGGAUAUCGGAAUGAACAAUACGAGGACUGGAUUCUUGUCUGUGGAGUAUCCGAUGGUCUUUAAGUGCGAUCGGUACUUCAUCGAGCGGAACAGGAAUGUCGGAAGAUGGGUCCGUCGAGACUUGCAAGUGAUACGAGCGGGGAGGACCAACUUCUACGUUACCCUUCAACCGAGCGUCAACCUACCAAACAACUCUGCAAUCACAUUGAAGGGGUUGGACGUGGCGUACAGGCAAACUUCUACCAGUCUAAACCUCUCGUUCGGUACCUACGCGUUAGGUAAGAUGGUCGUCAGUAGAACGAUCUUUGCGAGCUGGUUCGACGACCAAGGGCUUGUGUUUUCUGCUCCUUUCCCGAUCCUGGCAAAUCAGAAUACCACGUUCACGUUCGCUCUGGAAUCGAACUGUUUCGAUCUGGCAAAUUUGAACGUGUCCAUAGAGAUGAAGAGCAGUCUCAACACUAGUUGGAUUAAAAUGGAACCUGCGACGCUUGACAUGUUCAAAACAGAUUCAAUAGCAUAUCAUCAACCCGAGAUCGUGAGCUUGAAAGUGAAGCUCAACACAUGGACCAACAAUCUCUCUUACGUUCAGAUGCACCUGUCCUUCGUUCUCAACUCUCCUCUUCCAGUCGCAUCUAAGAUUGGGAUCGGUGGCAUGGGUAUCUUGAAGAUCGUGCAGACAGAAGGGUUCGACCAGGUCGGAACAGUUACUGAAUCUUUUGAUGUCAUACACAUCUUGCAGUUCUCGCAGUCAUUGGAGGCAUGCCACGUCAUCAAUGCAAGUAUGGUGGUGAUCCCUGACCAGUCAUUCUUGUCCACAAAGCAGGCGUACGCAUACUUCACCAGCUCUGAGACCAGGAACGCCUCCUGUGACUUCCUCGAUUUUUUCUGCGUCCAACCCGUCCAAACUGCAAGGCGAUUGUUUGAGCUCGAUGUCAAGUAUUUGCACUGUGACAGCAAGCCUUCAAGCUUCGUCACGCAGGAUCUCAAUGAAUCUUACGUCGUUCAUUGCCCUGGAGGAUGUCAUCAGCAUGACAGUUGGAUGGAGUAUCCGAACCUUGUAUGCUCUCAGUCCAUUCCAGAAUAUCUUCAUGUGCAGGACGUGCAAGAUUGUAUGAAAAAAUGUAUGCAAUCACAAUCUUUGUGCAAAGCACUGUUUUGGAGGGCAGAUUCCGAGUGCUAUCUCUUCUACGAGGAAUGCUCCUUGACGACUGCCUUCUCUCCAGGAUCCACGUGGAUACCUCCAGCAAACAUUCGCAAUGACUACAAGAACUUUCUCAUUGUUGGAUUUGAUUUUGCUGUUGACUUCCAGUCAGAUCGAAAGAUCUCAGUAUACAAGAUGGGUACGAGGCUCGCUCGUUACAGCUUGAUCGCCGAAGGAAGGAGCAACUCGACCGAGUCUGUCUCCUGGUUUCAGAUUUCCAAUCGAACUUUUGUCUUCGGCCGCUCCAAGACAAGCAGCGAGCUGUUCAUUCUCGAUUUCGUAACUCCACAGCUGAUCCUCCAUCGAAGGAUGAACGGCUCUCAAGCGUCGUCCUUGUUCGUCCUCGACACGACUCCUUACCUGGCUAUGGAGUCGAAUGGUGCUACCCUAGAGAUUUUCAAGUGGUACAUACAGGAGUUUGUUUCCAUGCAGCAGCUGAGCAUGAAGGCGGAGAUCUACGACGUCACGUAUGCUCAAACGCACGGGACUCACUUCUUGUUUGUGUCUACAGCUGUGGAUGUUCAAAUACUCAAAUUCAAGAACGACAAGUUUCAACUAUGGUCGACAACAACCAUUGCUGCCAACAAAGUCCAUUUCAUGCAGAUCAGAAACGUGGACUACGUCGCCCUCACGUCUGCUUCCUCCAGCUCUUCGAGUAUCUUUCGAUUCGAUUCCUGCACUGCGAUUUCACAGCCGCUGAUCCAAGUUGACUUCGACAUCAGAGAUAUUGCGACCUUCCAAUACGAGAAUCCGUCCACUCUGAUUGAUGUCAUUGCACUUUCAACUUCCACCAAUGAUGUAAUGCUCUUCAUCCGCGAGAGCGAGACAAGUUUCAAUCCAGUAGGAUACCUCAACCUGUUCUGUACAGGUCCAGGAGAUGUAAAUUUGACACUCCCCUGCGAGAGCUAUCAGACUUCGGUUUCUCAGGAGCGAACUGGAGAUUUAGCUGUGGAUCAGAUGUCAUUGAUUACCAUUGGGGGACAACGGGCCCUUCUGCUCUCCUUCAACAUGUCCAUCUGCGCGAUAUAUCUGAACUCGACUGCAAACUUUGGUAUUGACAGUUCUUGCAACAUCCUGUCUCCUGCGGACAGGUACAACGUGAGUGGAAACGCCACCAGCACAAGGACUGGUAGCAUCAUCUUCUCGAACAUCGAUCUCCGGGUUGAAGACCAUGCUUCCAUCGAUGUCCACGGUUGUCGAGGAUACGGCGUCUACAAUGAAUCAACUGCAGUGUGCAGGGCAGCGUCACAUGAGGGAAUCGUCGCAAUGGACGCAAGUUUCUUGUACCUGCAGAAACAGCCUCCUGCAAACACACUGAAGAACUGCAAGGAUUCUUGGAUGCUAAUGUUCAGGCAAACGAUUGACUCAUCCCUUCCGGUCUACGACCCACUGACGUGGCUGGAUCGUGUCAACGAUGACAACAUAUCCUCCUCUUCCUUCAGCAGGUUGAAGCAGAUUUCUUGGCCAGAGCUCGGGGAUUGGGCUUACAACAUAUGGAGGCAGAGGAGCAACCCUGUCACGGAGGAUGGAGCGAAGCCGAAAGGUUUCGUAUCGAUCCACGAGGCCAUCCCUUCAGACCCACCCUUCCAGGGCUUAUACAGGGGGACCAACUUGUAUGCACUUGCUGGAUCUCAAUUGACGCUGGGGUUCGAAGAGAAGGCUUCCGGUUAUGAGAUCAUCUCGAAACCGGAGAAAUUCGCAAACAUCACGAUCGUAGAGCUCUGGGUCAUGGUAGACAGAGCAGACGGCACUCACGACAUUAUUGCGCAUCCUUACAUGCAAAGUGAUUAUGAUUACAGGCUCAGUCUUGCAAGGGGAAUCCGACCAGUCUCAACUCAGGGAGACCUGGCGAUCGAUACACAUUUUAUCUUCAAUGAGUUCGACUUCAGUGAGAUUGAGCAGAGUGAGGACGGCUACUUGUCGUCCUAUUUGAUGUCAAACUUCCCUCUGCAGAACGACAUCAAUUUUCGAGUCAGCGGGUUGUUGGGAACUUCCAAGAAGGAAUCGUUCCUGAAAGUGUUCACAGGAGAUUUCAAGCAGAGCACCGUCGGCUCUUACAGCAGUGUGGAUUACAGCGUCAGCUUUGCCAUGGGUUCCUGGUACCCAUGGAUGUCUUACAAGUUUCAGAUGCUAUCUGUCAAAUCAGUGCAACCGGGCGUCGCGGCCAACAUUUCCACCUUCUUCCCGUCCGUCCCUCCAUUAGGCAUUCUCUCAAGGCGCAUGUCAAACACCAACUAUGUAUACAAUGCUCCGCUAGAGUGGACCUCGUGUCAACUGCUCAAGUUCUCUGCCUUCACGACGAUCCUUCCAGCCUGGAGGUGGCACUACUGCAAUCCAGAGUUUGGAGGAGGAUGCGAGUCCGGCUGUUCAGCAACUGACGGGUACGCUUGCUUGGCUCCCAAGGCCCCAACUCGGAAGAUGACAUUCCAGUACGACGAGCUGCAGUCUGAGCAGUGGUAUUCAGACUUCGUUUUCAACCUUUCUGCCUCUAACUACUCAGACCUACCAACAAGUCGACUUUCGAUCCGAGUGACAGCAUUGAUGCUUUCAGGAUUGGGAGAGGACACCAAUGAAACAAUUGAAGGGAUGCUUCGAGAGUUGGAGAAUCGAAUAGAGCAACAGGCGAUUUAUGCUGGACCGUUCUGGCCAUUUGCAGAUUCCUACUACGUACGGGAACUGAACACAUCAUUUUUCUCGAGCUAUGACCAACAAGUCCAGGAUCAGCUCUACUCCACAGCAAGCGGCUUGUAUGCUUUUGCUCUUCAUGCCGCCAUCUUCAAAUCUAGCAUGUUCACACCAUCUGUCGAACGAUUGAUCCCUUGGUUGAUUCAGGCUCUACAAUCCUGUGAGUUUCUCAAAGAUUCUCGGCAGUAUUGUACCGUUCACAAUAUGAUUCCUGGCUUCUUCGCCCUUCGGGAGAGCUUCCAUUCUACUGCGGACCCCAGUAUCCUGUGGACUUUGGAGCGACUCAACGCGACGAUACUACGACUCUGGGACGCCGAAAAAAGAUGCUUCAAGAAGGUUGAUCAGACGCUGGAUGCCUGUGAUACCCUUCAGGCGCAAGUGUUCGGUGCCUUGUUCUUCGUGGAAUCAGGAAAUUUAGGAGAUUCGAAUGCAAUCAUCGACUAUGUACGCACAACUUUGAUUUCAGCCAAGGAGUUCGGAAGUCAGGAUAUCGUUUUCGGGUAUUCAGACAGCCCAGACACCCUGUCUCUAGAGAAUUCCUUGUUUCUGGGUAUGGCGAUGGGACGACUCGACAGAUUUGAUGAAGAAUUGGCUGUGAUUUCGUCGCUGCGACAGUAUGUUGAUUUCCUGAACAACAAGAGAGAACUUGGAAAUUUUUCAAGCAUCAGCAUGUCGUAUGGACUCGAGGAAUGGAUUAUCGCUACUUCUCCCUUUCGGCAUAUCUACUGGAACUUGAACUCCAACCUGACUUACAUAGGUCUGGAGAAAUUUCCAAGUUUGACAGAACCUUCAUGUAUUCCCUGCCCAACUGACGCAUACUCGGACAAUUCUCUGAAGAUAGCAGAUGGAAGCUGCAUUUCGUGCCCAGAAAACAUGACAUCGAAUCGACUCCGCGGUGCUUUAGGAAUGGAAAGUUGCGUCUGCAAGCCUGGGUUUUAUGACAUGGAAGGGACAUGCGUGGAAUGCCCUGUAGACUAUUACAAAUCUGAGGCUGGAAAUUUCUCCUGUACCCCAUGUCUAGUAACAAUGGGGACUUACAACACUACAGGAAAUACCUUCUGUCACCAUCUGUGCCCUGAUCACAUCUGCGAGUAUCUUGUCUACGAUAAGUGCUUUCCCAAAAAUGAUUUUGCCUCAUCUCCGUUUGUGAUUCCAUAUGACAACUCAGGCACGAUCAUCUGCCUGCAUACGAUCUACGACUGGAACGCUAGGCUAAGGAGGAAUUUGACUGGGAUCAUUCAAAUUUUGUUUCUGGAUGAAGUAUACUCUGACACAUGUGGUUUCUCAUUCCCGUACCGUUACAUGAGGAUAGGGACAGUGCAAAACAGCACUUCAGUGACCUGCGUCAAUCAGACUCACUUCCUUCGAAUCUACACGGGAGAAGUUUAUGUUUCCAACUUGAUCAUUGAUGCCGGAGACUUCAUCGUCCAGGAAGGUGGAUGUUUCAGUCUAUAUCAGGGUGCACAUCUCCAUCUCACAAACUGCACAUUACAGAACUGCAGAGCAAAAUUGGGGGGCGCAAUCUACAGCACGGAGAAAUCACAAACAUUCACAAGCAACACUAUCAUCACAAUGGCAACGGCUGAAAACAAAGGCGGGGCAUACUAUCUACAGGGAAUGUCAAUUGUAACCAUGCAAUUCAGUACGAUCAACUCCACUCUGUCCUUUCACAACGGAGGUGCAAUAUACAGCACCGGGCAGUCGCAGGUAGUCCUCGAGGACAGCAAGAUCGUCAACGGCACGUCCGAGGGGUCGACGGGAGGGUGCAUCGCGCAGUACGACGGGUCGAGCGUGCAGGCGACGGCGAGCGUACUCGAGUACUGCACGGCAGGGCAGGAGGGCGGGGCGGUGUACAGCGGGGGCAACUCGACGGUAGUGCUGAGCAGCAGCAACAUCUCGGUAGGAAGGUCGCUGGGGUCGACGGGAGGGUGCAUCGCGCAGUACGGAGGGUCGAGCGUACAGGCGACAGGGAGCGUGGUAGAGGUAUGCGUGUCGGUAGGAGGGGGCGGGGCAGUGUACAGCACCGGGCAGUCGCAGGUAGUCCUCGAGGACAGCAAGAUCGUCAACGGCACGUCAGAGGGGUCGACGGGAGGAUGCAUCGCGCAGUACGACGGGUCGAGCGUGCAGGCGACGGGGAGCGUACUCGAGUACUGCACGGCAGGGCAGGAGGGCGGGGCGGUGUACAGCGGGGGCAACUCGACGGUAGUGCUGAGCAGCAGCAACAUCUCGGUAGGAAGGUCGCUGGGGUCGACGGGAGGGUGCAUCGCGCAGUACGGAGGGUCGAGCGUACAGGCGACAGGGAGCGUGGUAGAGGUAUGCGUGUCGGUAGGAGGGGGCGGGGCAGUGUACAGCACCGGGCAGUCGCAGGUAGUCCUCGAGGACAGCAAGAUCGUCAACGGCACGUCCGAGGGGUCGACGGGAGGGUGCAUCGCGCAGUACGACGGGUCGAGCGUGCAGGCGACGGCGAGCGUACUCGAGUACUGCACGGCAGGGCAGGAGGGCGGGGCGGUGUACAGCGGGGGCAACUCGACGGUAGUGCUGAGCAGCAGCAACAUCUCGGUAGGAAGGUCGCUGGGGUCGACGGGAGGGUGCAUCGCGCAGUACGGAGGGUCGAGCGUACAGGCGACAGGGAGCGUGGUAGAGGUAUGCGUGUCGGUAGGAGGGGGCGGGGCAGUGUACAGCACCGGGCAGUCGAAGGUAGUCCUCGAGGACAGCAAGAUCGUCAACGGCACGUCCGAGGGGUCGACGGGAGGGUGCAUCGCGCAGUACGACGGGUCGAGCGUGCAGGCGACGGGGAGCGUACUCGAGUACUGCACGGCAGGGCAGGAGGGCGGGGCGGUGUACAGUGGGUCUGGAUCGUCUUUGAUCAUGUACUUUUCGAGUAUCCUCAACAGUGUGUCAUACUCGUUUGGUGGCUGUGUUGCCAUUGUAGGUCACUCGUGGGUUACUGUUUCGUCUUCACUGUUUGAUUCCUGUAGUAUUAUUCCGUUGUCUUCAAGUUUGUACCUCAACUCCGGUGGAGCCUUCUUUGUUCAGGCUUCCUCUGUUUCAUUUGCGGAUAGCAAUAUCUCAAACUCGUUUGCACGUUUCGGUGGGGCAAUUUUCCUCUCUGAAGUUUCUAUCUUUUCUGUUUCAGGGAACUCCUUCUUCUCCAACAGUUACGGUGCUGUUGGGGAACUCGUUUUUGUUGCAGGCAACUCUACUUUCUCUGUUGAGACGGGUUCACUCGUUCUUGAUACGCAACAGUCAGAUUGCACCAGCUCUAACUCUUGCAAAACAGUGACAGGGUCGCAAAAAUGUUUAGUUACACAAAUCAUUACCGAGUACAACUGCUCAUGCGACGUGGGGUCCUAUUUUGAUCUCGACGUGUGCACUGCUUGUCCAUGUAAGUCCUGUCCGAACUUAACGACUACUCGUCAAGCCGGGUUGAAGUCUAUCACUUCUUGCGACGCUUGUGUCGUCGGUUACUACUCGAUAGACCUUGUGAGCUCGCCAUGCACUCGAUGCCCUCCCCUAACCACCUCCAAUGGCACCGGGAAGAGCAGCGUCGAAGAUUGCCUGCCGUACCAACCGCUCCUGAGCUACCAGUUCGAACCCGGUCAGUUCCUUAACGACAGCUCCGGCAACGGCUACACUCUGACAAACUUUGGAGCGACUGGGUCAACGCUCUCGAACAAAGGAAAGCAGGCUGCAGCUUUCAGUAGCUCUGCUGGACAGGAGUACAUGACUGUGCCGAAGACCCUUGACUAUGCGGAGGUCCAACGGACGAGUGGAAUAACUUUCUCCUUCAGUUUCAAAGCAUCGCCCAACACCAGCGUUCACGCGAAGCUGUUCGACUUCGGAGCUGGAGCGCCUGACAACAACAUCGCAGUUGGAUUUGACGGCCUGUCAGAGCCGAGCACAGGGAAAUUGAGUUUUGACUUGUACGAAGGGACAGUGCCAGCGACUAGAAUGUUGACAGAUAACAACUUUAGAGAUGGGAAUUGGCAUCAUGUAGUGUACUCGGUCGAUUCGAACUCGACUGCAUAUCCCAGUACAGUGCAAGUGUGGGUUGACUCCGUUCAAUACCUCUCCUACAGCAAUCAGAUAUCGAACGAGGUUCAGUCUGUGGAUCAAUCUUUGAGGACUCUGUACCUUGCUAAGUCGCACUGGACUGAAGAUGGACCACUAGACGGCUAUCUCGACGACUUUCGCGUGUAUGACUUUCCUUUCACAUCGUUCGAUAUGGAGCAACACUACCUUUCACUGGGCUCAGACUAUCCCAGCACGGCCUAUGCUCUUGCAGCUCAAGUCAUCCAGGACAAGCAGCCAUGGGGCAUCUACCAUGCUGAAGAUUUCGACGCGCUGAGCACUCAGUGCUGGAAAGAAUCGCGGGGGGUCAAGGACUCGGUGACAUGCGAGAGCGGCACCUUUGUAACGGGCUUCGAGAGUGGUAACGGUGCUAACGCACAAGUGUCCUUCGUCUCCGGCAACACAGCGAGCGUUAUGAGGUGGCCCAACGGAAGCAUACCAUCCCAGUUCACCAUCUGCUCCGUCUCCAGGUACGCCGGUGCCUCCCAGCUGAAGGUCUUGACCGCCGACCCCUCGGUGCUGAGCUGGUUCCAUGGGCAUGCAGACGGCAUGAUCGGCGUUGCCUACUACGAAGGAUGGAAAGCGAAUGUCAGCCUCAGCAGCUCGAGCACUGAAACAUGGCUGGUGAUGUGCGGGAAGAACGACAACAACACACCAGGCAACAUACAACGAGCCCUGGGCAACAGCACGACGAUGCAGAGCGCUGGGAUAGCGGGAGGAGGAUCAGGAGGGGCAUACCUGACAGUGAAUACAGCUGCUAAUGAAGAAUCAGACUUCGCCUUGUCACAGAUAUACAUCUGGGACCAGCUCCUCACGGAUGAUGAGAUGGGUCUGAUAGGCCAGGCCCUUCUCGAGUACUUGGCAACAGGAAACCGUCUGACCAUCAUCGAGUAG